CUUUUUUUAAGGUUUUAUUUUUAAGUGAUCUUCUACACCCAAUGUGGGGCUCAAACCUACAACCUCAAGAUCAAGAGUUGCAUACUCUACCAAUUGAGCCACUCAGUUUCUCUGGGUGGGACUUCCAAUACUAUGUUGAAUGAAAAUGCCUAUGUGCAUCUUUACAUCUCAGUGUGAGAAAAGACUUGCUACUUUACGAUGGAAACUCCAGGUGACUUCUAUAUAUCCCAGGUCUUGUAGAAAUUUGCCUGAUGCACCCCCUCGACGUGGUGAAAACCAGAGUACCGGGUUCAUUAUUUGGGAAUUAGGAAAACCUCCUUAAAGUAGCUGAUCUAUCCCAAGAAAAGACUUUGUUUUUGGACGUGGUCACCAGCUUGGCAAGCAGGCAAGCAAACGAGUAUAUAUAAAGCAACCCUUCGUAAGGUUUCGGGGAUUAACAACUCAGAGAAGACUCUUAGCUGCUUAUUUGGAGAACACACGUUAAAAUGUUCCAGAUUCAGAGAUGUGCAACUGAUCCAAACAGUUAUAAAAGCUUGGGAGACAGUUUUCGAACAAUUUUCCGAAUAGAAGGGCUGUUUGGUUUUUACAAGGGAAUUCUGCCACCCAUCUUGGCUGAAACACCAAAAAGAGCAGUGAAGUUUUUCACCUUCGAGCAGUACAAGAAAUUGCUAGGAUAUGUGUCACUGUCACCAGCAUUGACAUUUGCCAUUGCUGGAUUAGGAUCUGGACUAACAGAAGCUAUCGUGGUUAACCCUUUUGAGGUAGUAAAGGUUGGCUUGCAAGCGAAUCGGAACAAAUUUACAGAGCAACCAUCCACUAUGAAUUAUGCAAGACACAUCAUUAAGAAGGAAGGCUUGGGACUCCAGGGCCUCAACAAAGGAUUUACAGCAACUUUGGGACGUCAUGGGGUUUUCAACAUGGUUUAUUUUGGCUUCUACUACAACGUCAAAAACAUUGUUCCUGUCAAUAAGGAUCCAACCUUGGAGUUUUUGAGAAAAUUUGGGAUUGGUCUUCUCUCGGGCACAAUAGCCUCAGUCAUUAACAUCCCUUUUGAUGUUGCCAAAAGUAGGAUUCAAGGGCCUCAGCCAGUUCCUGGAGAGAUCAAGUACAGAACCUGUUUUAAAACAAUGGCAACAGUCUACCAGGAAGAAGGGAUUUUAGCUUUGUACAAAGGCCUGCUUCCCAAGAUUAUGAGGCUUGGACCAGGUGGUGCAGUGAUGCUGCUGGUUUAUGAAUACACCUAUUCAUGGCUUCAAGAGAACUGGUGAUUACCUAUGAAGUGUUGAAAUAAUGGAUAUUUGCUAUACAGCACUGAGCUGAUAAUUAUAGAAUUAUAAUUUACAAUCUUAUGUACAAUUAAGGGGAAACAGUUUAUUCAUGAACUCUAGAUUCAUGAAAAUCUAUUUCGAUACUCCAAAAAUUAUCUCUAGACAAUUUGAGACAGUAGUUUUGGCCACAUCCAUAAAUCUGUGAGAAGAAAGAUAAUAUGAAGUAAUGAGGUGUGUUAAUCGAGCAUAGAAAUUAGAUAUAGUUCAUAAAAGCAAUAUAAAUUUCAUGACCUGUAUUCCUCUCACACUGAUUCACAAUGAAAAUUCAUUGUAUUCAUAAUUACUUUUUUCCCCAAGAGAUCAAGAAAUGCUUAAAGUCAUAAAAAAAAAAAUUAA